UUCAACCUGCCGCUGGAGCUCAAACCGCGCGGCUGUGCCCGAAGCUGGGUCUGUCCCCCGGCUCGGCUGCCGCCGGCGCGUCGGGAACCCGGGCGUGAUGGGGUCCCAGGGGAAGGUCGGGAGGACACAGGUGCUUCUCUUCGCGUCGGUGAUCCUGUGCUCGCUGGCGCGGGGCAGGGGCGCAGUGUACACUUCGGAGUCUGAAGUCAGAGUUCCCGAGAAUAAACCUGCCAAGUUGUCCUGCUCCUACUCCGGCUUCUCCGCUCCCCGGGUGGAGUGGAAGUUUGCCCAGGGCGACAUCACCAGCCUCGUCUGCUACAACAACAAGAUCACAGGCCCCUAUGAGGACCGGGUCACCUUCUCGAACACCGGCAUCACCUUCCACUCCGUGACCCGGAAGGACACAGGGACGUACACCUGCAUGGUCUCGGACGAAGGCGGCACCACCUAUGGGGAGGUCAGCGUCCAGCUCACUGUGCUCGUGCCUCCGUCCAAGCCCACGGUGAACAUCCCCUCCUCUGCCACCAUCGGCAGCCGGGCGGUGCUGACCUGCUCGGAGACGGACGGCUCCCCGCCCUCCCAGUACCUCUGGUACCGGGACGGGGUCCCCAUGCCAUCAGAGCCCAAGAGCAGCCGUGCUUUCAGCAACUCCUCCUACAGCCUGAACCCCAAGACAGGGGAGCUGGUCUUCGAUCCCGUCUCAGCCUCUGAUUCGGGAGAGUACUCCUGCGAGGCCCAGAACGGGGUUGGGACGCCCAUGAUGUCCGACGCGGUGCGCAUGGAGGCAGUGGAGCUGAACGUGGGGGGCAUCGUGGCCGCCGUCCUAGUAACGCUCAUUCUCCUCGGGAUCCUGGUUUUCGGCAUCUGGUUCGCCUACCGCCGCGGCUACUUUGACAGGACGAAGAAAGGGACCGAGAGUAAGAAGGUCAUCUACAGCCAGCCCUCGGCCCGCAGCGAGGGCGAGUUCCGACAGACCUCCUCGUUCCUGGUGUGACGCGGCCCUCCUCGGCCCCAGCCGGCCUUACGCAGGUGCUGCCGGACUCUGGCCCCAGAUGCCGUGGUUUCACGGGGCGUCGUGCGUGUCUUCUGGCCCGCAGGGCCCCUUUCUCCUUUGUUGGGAUGUGUUUUCAAUCCCGUGGCCGGGAGCCCCCGCCC